AUGUCAGUAGCAGUACAGACGGGCUUCAAACAACAGGAAGGCCAUCUGAGAAGAGUUCCGGAACACGACGGGAAGGAAAUGGCCCCGCAACUGAGCGUGGUGGUGCGGGGAAAGAGGGUGGCGUGUCUUCCCCGGGCGCACCUGCUUCUGGGCGCCGUACCGAUCGCACAGAAGGAUGGAUUGGAGAUCAGACUGCCCGACGAGCGACACGUGGAAGCUCUCCAGGCGGUGGUGGGGUAUCUAGCCGACGGGACGAUGGACGGCGUGGACGCGCACAAUGCGACUGAAGUUCUCGAGUGUGCCCGGCUUCUGGGUCUGGGUAACGUGAGAGACGCGUGUGAGGAGGCUCUGGCGGAGAGGGUGGCGGCCGAGAACUGUGUCAGACUCCGACAGCUGGCGUCCCAGUGCGGCCUACCUCGCCUCAAACGAGUCUGCGACUCGUUUCUGACGGAUUCCUUCGCCGGCGUCCUCGCCGAGCGUGCGGGUCUGGAUCUACCACGAGUCCAAGUACGUCUGGACGUCUCCAGCCAAACGCUGGAACUAGGGACUGAUCUACUGGAGAAAUUCGUGCCAAGAGUCUUGGUCGCUCUCGACACGAUCCGCCGGUCGACUCGCAAACGCCUGGAGGAAGCCGUCGUGCAGCUCGUGUUGCAACCAGACCUCAGAGUAACCGAGUGGUGCCGCGAGCCCAGCGAUAAACUGCGGCAGCACGCCCCCCUUUCGCCCGAGAGGAACUCCGCGGAGUUCUACGCCAAGCUUCGCGGUGGGUGCUCGCCCGCUCGCCAACUGAUCCUCACCCCUACAAAAACCCCGGGAAAGACGACCGAAUCAUGUGGGAUGCGGCUCCUGGCCACUGCAAAGUUGACAGAUGCCUCCUCUGCCUGUCUCGUGGAGGAGGGGGCCUCAUUGAUCGUCGUUUCUAUCUCUGUCUGUACUCUACUGCACAACGGACAGCUCCCCACCAGCCCCACCACUGGUCUCCCCACCUUCUCGCAAACCAACGGAUGCUUCAUCUCCCACAUGAGCCUCGCCAGGAGCGGGUUUGGCAUCGUCGCAACCGAGUCGGAGAUCCUAGCGGUCGGGGGAUUCAACAGAUCUGGGUGUCUCGACUCGACCGAGAGCUACAGUUCAAUUACCAACUCGUGGAAAUCCAGAGAGAGAAUGAACGUUGCGAGGGGUCGUCUGUGCACAGCUGUAGUAGAGGACAGAGUGUACGCCAUUGGAGGCUCAGACGGCAAGCGAGAACUCUCCACGGUCGAGGUCCAAGACCUGAAACACUCUCGCCAGUGGCAGAAGCUAAAAGCGGGGAUGCCAACCCCACGAAGCUGCCACGCUGCAGCAGUCCUAGAUGGAGUGGUGUACGUGGUUGGAGGAGAGCAUUACUCCGUCCCACUCAAGACAAGUGAAUCUUUCAACCCUUCCACCAGGUCCUGGCGGACACUAUCUCCCACCACGACUGCUCGCUCUGACCUAGCUCUGGCCACAUGUUCAGGGAAAGUGUACGCCAUUGGAGGAAACGCUCCGGGUCUAAAAUGCCUCUCCAGCGUCGAAGCGUACGACCCGGCGAGAAAUCUCUGGUCCCCUGUUGCUAGUAUGCAGUUCCCUCGUCGGAAUGCCGCAGUAGUCACCGUCGGCGAUAAGAUAAUGGUGAUCGGAGGAUACAGUGGAACUGAAGUUCUCCGAUCGGUGGAGAUUUACGACCCAGCAACUAACGAAUGGAGAGAGUGUCCUCCAUUGUGUGGAGCUCGCUCCCACUCCUCAGCUGUCCUCUACAACAAACAGGUGUACGUCUUUGGUGGCUACUCUGGUAGCCUGUUCCUCAACACGGCCGAAUGCUUUGACCUCAGAACUGAGCAGUGGACUCCAUUUGCAUAG